UCUAAAUUUUGAGUUUGGCUUACAAUUUUGAAGAGAUCUUCUUCUCUUAUGUUUUCCGUGAAGUCAAUUUUGUUGCUGAUGCUAUUACAAGUUUUCGUCACAAGUCUCCUAAUCCUAUCACUUCAUUAAAGAAGCUCCCGCUUUCAGCUCUAUCUGCCUUUAGUUUCAAUCAGUUUAAUUUUAGUUGUAGUAUGGUUUUAUGUUGUAAUUUUUCGUCAAAAAAAAAAAAAAAAAACCAACGUUUGGCCUUUACACCCUCCAAUUUAAUUUUGUGUAAUAGAAGAUGGUGUUUGGAAACAUUAGGGGCCUUAUGAAUUCGACGACUCGCUCUCAAUUGACUGUUGCUGCGAUUCUCUGAGACUCUCAACUCUCUGGUCUCAGUUCAGCAAACAGCCAGGAUCAGAUGGGGGAGCUGGCAUCUCAGAAACAUGUUCGAUUCAUUUUAUCAAAAGCAAAGGAGAAGGACUCUUAUGAGUCGGUUUUGAUGGAGCACAUAAGAUUGAAUGGAGCUUACUGGGGUUUGACAACUCUUGAUCUUCUUGGAAAGCUUGACACUGUGGAUGUCGAUGAGGUUGUUUCAGAGGUCAUGCAGUGCCAGCAUGAGUCAGGUGGCUUUGGUGGUAACAGUGGACAUGAUCCACACAUACUCUAUACCUUAAGUGCUGUGCAGGUUUUGGCCUUAUUUGACAAGGUUGAUGUUUUGGAUGUUGAAAAAGUUGCAGAUUAUGUAGCUGGACUGCAAAAUGAAGAUGGAUCAUUUUCAGGGGACAUGUGGGGUGAAGUUGAUACACGGUUUUCAUAUAUUGCUAUUUGUUGUCUCGCAUUACUACGUCUUUUGGAUAAAAUCAAUGUGGAGAAAGCUGUGGACUAUAUUUUAAGUUGUAAAAAUCAUGAUGGCGGAUUUGGAUGCACGCCUGGUGGGGAGUCUCAUGCAGGUCAAAUUUUCUGUUGUGUGGGAGCCCUUGCUAUCACAGGGUCUCUACAUCGUAUUGACAAGGACCUUCUUGGAUGGUGGUUAUGCGAGCGGCAAGUUAAAUCAGGUGGUCUUAAUGGUCGUCCAGAGAAGCUUCCUGAUGUGUGCUACUCAUGGUGGGUUCUAUCUAGUUUAAUCAUGAUUGACAGGGUUCAUUGGAUCGAUAAGCAAAAGCUUGCCAAGUUCAUUUUAGACUGCCAGGACACUGAAAAUGGGGGAAUUUCUGAUAGACCAGAUGAUGCAUGUGAUGCCUACCAUACAUACUUUGGUGUUGCAGGACUUUCCUUGCUUGAAUAUCCUGGGGUGAAAGCCAUAGAUCCAGCUUAUGCUUUGCCAGUUGAUGUUGUAAAUAGGAUUAUCUUAGGCAUAAAGGGAUGAACACUUGUAACAGCAUGCAUGCACACUUCAGGUAUAGUAUUCACUUUGGUGCCGCCCUGUGGUACAUGUAUCUGUUGUAAUUCGUAGAUAUAUGACUUGGUUAAAAGAAUAAUGGGGUGAUGAGGAGCUAUUCGGUCCUGAAUGACUGCCAUGUCCGAUUAAGUUCUUAUCAGUUUCAGUUCAAAUAGACUAAACCAUAAUGUUCUUUCUCGCUGAUCCGGGAUUA